UUGUUGUUGAACAAAGUCCAGAGGUGAACGAAUCUACGGUGUCCUGGACGGAGUGACUUGUUAUUUCAAGUUGAGCGAGAGUGGACGAAGGCACCCGAAAAAAGGCUCAAGAGGAAUGGAAGAGGCGAUGCGGAGAACCAGGACCGAGCAGAGCCAGUGGUUCUCACCCAGGGCUGACAAGGAUGACAAGAGACCUGGAAUCGGCUCUGGAGCUCUCCACUUUAUACGCAACCGUGGAAGUAUGAGGCGGCAACUUAUGCGAGACUCCAAUCGAGCCAAGAGACCCGAUGAACAGAACCGCGAGUCUCCGCGAGUGGAUUCCGCCGGUGGAGGAUUCGGAAAAUGGCUGAAAGAGCACUUGAAAGGGUCAUCCGGAAAAAAUACUUGCGUCCAAGACAACAAUAACGCUGAUAACUCAAGCCCCCUAUCGACGCCUCUAAAAACGCGUGGGUUGAGUGGCAACGGGGAAAAAGUAAUAUCACGGGGAAUUUACACGCCGCAAAACGUCUAUUGUAGUUUGCCACGUGAACACAGAAGGCAUUCUCAUGAUUCUGGAAAAAGCAAUAACGAGCCGUCAGCAAGGGAACGAUCAUCACGCUCGGGCAGUUGUCAUCCACGGGAAAAAAGUCACCGAGAUGGUACCGGUAUCGCGAGGGGAGGUGUCUAUGGCAGCGAGGGAAAAAGUUAUAGGAGAAAAAACCGUGAAAAAAGACGACACUCUAUGAAUGAGACUCGUGAACAUCGGAGUCAUCGUCGUAAAAGCUGUGUCCCGAAUGGCGGGGCUGCGUGUAGUGCGAUGACAGAGCUGCAACCAUCUCCAGCGGGAUAUCGCGGGCAGGAUGAGGUCCCGGGUCCACCUACUCACCCGGUCGCCUUUGGGAAGUCGUACCCCUCUCACGGACACAUCGAGACCUGUAAUUACAGCAUCCCCGGGUACCUGGGGUCGCAGGCACACGCUGGAAGCAAACAGCAGCCACUGACCGGAUCGCGUGGCUCCAGUCCAGGUGAUGACUACCGCAGAAAGUCAGACAGGUGGAGUUCGGAGAACGACAGCAAUGUCGGCGACAAUGCCAUUACCACCAAGACCGCAAUUACCGGGUACAAUGAAGCCUACGGAAAAAAAAACACUCCCGGGUACAAGAAUGACAGCGGGUACAGCGAGAGUAUCGGGUUCGACAGUUACAGCCUCCCGUUCAAUGAAGCGGAUGAAGCGUCUCCGCCUCCGACUCCCCCAGUGCGCGACGCCUCCAGCCUCAAGGGCGUUUGCUGCGGUCCAGGCCACGAAAAAUAUCCUUCUUGGCCUUCCACCGCCUCCGAACACCACCACCAUCACCAACACUACCCGGACAACGAUAUUGACUCAUCCUCUAUCGACCUCGAGUGCUCACAGUCCGGCUCUCACAGAUCCAAGUCCUGGACUGAUGACACCAACUACUCAAAGGACAAGCCGGCCCAGUACUCUCGGCCACUUGCUAAACGGCCUAAUCCAACAUUUACUCAACAGCUAAAGACCGUGAUGGAGAGAUGCGAGAAAAUACCAACAGAGAAUUACGAGUCCCGGGGCAGCAGAACCAGCCUCGAGGAUGAUCAGACCCGGCUCUGGCCGUGCGUUGAUCGAGAGUCAAACUCUCUAGGUGCCACCGAUCCCGAGUAUGUUGUUGCGGCCUCUCCGUCCGAGCGUGAUCAGCAUCAGCAUCAACAUCAGCACCAACAGCAGCCACAGCACCAGAAACAGUCCCCUCAGACACUCAGUCAUGCUGAUCUUGAGGCCUACGUCAGAAAUUACCACGAUCCCCAAGUAUCUCAGGUUGAUAUUUAUCGAGAGACCGCCUUAACGCAAGCCGGCUUGGAAGAGUACACUAGAGUCCAGCACUCACAACAGGCUAGUUACGCUCAGUCUGAAGGAUAUCACAGCUACGUCUCCAGUGUUGAUUCUACUACCAAUACUCCUUUUUUGGACCGAUUGCGACGUGAUAGCGAAGCAGUAGCACAACGCGCAGCACCAUCCUGGGAAGAAACAUCCCGAGAAGGGAGAGACAGCGUCGUAACAACUUCAAGCGGCGGUAGCGCGUCCAGCAGCGAAACGCUAAAAUGGCACGGCUCUAUGUCAGACGUUAGCGUUUCUUCGGGUCUUCCUACGCGGCAGGUCAACGGCGGCGACGUUUGGCCCCACGGGUCCAUGUCUGAUGUGAGCAGCAUAAACGGCAGCGGGAUCCAAAAGCACACGAUUCCUCACGAUAGCGAUCACGACAAGUGGCAAGGGUCCAUGAGCGACGUCAGCUCCUCGCUUAUGAUCAGCUCCUCUAAACUGAGGCUCAACAAUAUUAACAACAGCAAUAAUAGCAAUAAUAAUAGUAAUAAUAAUAGCAUUAACAGCAAUGGCAGCAUAAGUAUCAAGAAUAAUGAUAAUAAAUGGCAAGAAAACAAAUGGCAGGCGACGAUGAAUGAUCGUAACUGUAAACAGAUAAGCAGCAGGACUAGUUUACCAUCAGUUAUCAGUCACUAUGCGUCAGUGAAUGAUGUUUGUCAAGCUAGUUCUGGGAGAGACGCUGGCAAGUGGCAGGAGUCCAGCAUAGAUGAAGAAACACUCGACAAGUCUAAAGGCAUUCAGCGCGGCUGGGAGUCUUGUAUUAAUGUCGAUCAAGCGAGAUAUAAUCACAAUUCACGACCUAUACCGCAGAGUUCAAUGUCCCAGUCUCAGACUCAGGCCCAGACUCAGUCCCAAUCUCAAUCCCAAACCCAGCAAGGCUCAGACGAUUGGAAUCCGCUUCAUGGGUCUAUGUCUGAUGUCAGCCAGGCAAAUAUAUCAAUCCAUCCGAGCAGUAAACAGCUCAUUGCUCACAGCGCGCGAGUCCAAACGCCUCAGAGACAUCAUUCAGAGAGUGUUUUAUAUCUAGACAGAGAGAGAACGCUCAGAAAAUUGUAUCCGGUAUCGACCGGUCAGCGCGAUGAACCUGGACAAACUAGAAUAUCCCCGGUAUCGCCGCAACAGCCUCAUUUAUCAGUGGCUGAGCGCAUAAACGAAUUAGAAAAACAGCAGCAGCAGAUGCGUUACACGUACUUAGAUCCGGAGAAACGUCACCGCGUAUCAGAUCCGACGCUCAAGGCAAUACAGAAGAAAGCGCUGUUAUCUUACUACGAAAGACACCAUCAAUCUUCGUGGCGUUCGGAGCCCCAGCUAGCCCAGGGUGCCGUUCCUCCGCAGAGUCCUCCACCUCAACCACCACCUCGUCCCAGACCGCCAUCUUCUCGGCGCGCCAGUUCUGCCUCAGACUACGCCAGUAUCAGUUGGCGUGAAAAAACUAGCCCCUCCCAGGGACAGAGGAGCUGCGAUAUGCCUAGUCCGAAGCACCAGCACAGCAACAGCUGCGGAAGUUUGUCCACAGACCUUCUUGGCCCGGUAAUCGUCGGCCCGGCCAUCUCCAUUGACGACUGGGUGCCCGAGCGACCUCCGAAAAAGCCCCAUCUUCGCGCUGUCUACAACGAUACCAACAACAGGGUUCCAAGCCCGGAUUUGCCGCCACCAUCUCCGCCUACUGUUACUGAGAGCGAAGUUCUGAACUGCGACGAGCCUCUUCCACCGCCUCCGCCGCCGCUUAAUGAGCCCUCACUUGAAGCCGCGAAAGAUCAGGAAGAAAAACGGCAAUCUAGUUCCAGUUCCAAUUCCAGUUCGCGAAGAAGUUCCAAGCAGUCCAAAAAGGUUGAAGCUAAUUCUGCUAGCAAUGGCAGCAAGUCUCAAUUCAUCCGCUCAACGCCGCUUAAUUUGGAAUUUACCACCGAAAAUGUGAACCCAGGAUUUGCGACGCACCGAGUAAUAACAGGAAGAUCCAGCCUUCGAUACCCAUCGGCCCAAAAAUUGAGCGUGACUAGACGAACAUCGGAGGAACUUACCAACAAUUCGCGGCCACCUGCAAGAUUACCGGACUUAUCUACAAGAUACUCGCACCCGGUGGAGUCAAGGAUAAUCCGCCAAGAGUCAAUGCGAGUAGAAAGCACAAGAAUUGACGCUUCUGGAUUAAUUAAAAUGGAGGAUAGAGAUAGAGAUAGAGUUCUCGAGUCAUCUACCGGGCAGAGGCCUCAGCCGCAAGUUCCGAAGACAGGAUCAGAAAAAAAUAGUUCUGGCUACGCAAGACCCAACUACUUGGCGCUCUCAGAUUGUAACAUCAAAAACGGCAAGUACUCGGAAGCUAUGGGCUACUCGGUCGCUCCGGGAGUUAAGACUUCUUAUGAAGCUAAUGCUAAGUUACUUGAAGGAAGUCCACAAAAGUACCACGACCCACCGAAGUAUGUCGGAAGUAACCAGAGAAAUUACUACGUUCUGCCUUCCAAGUUCUCGGAGUGUGAGAAGUUCCUAACUUCACCCAGUUCGCCGCCUCCGCCGUUGGCGCCCAGGCAAAGUUGCGGGAGGAAAUCGCUAGCAGCCCCACCUAGACCUGCACCUCCUUGUGGACAAGGAAGCCAAUCAAAGGCAUCAUACUUGGCAUACAAACGUGAACGCGGAGCUCCUGACAGUGAAGGAAGUUACAAGCGAACAAUGUCACCGACCGCGCGGCUGGAAGACUGGCCACCGCCUCGGGACCGGGAUGAUCCAGUUUUGCUACGGGUUACGCCGCACCAUCCGCUGCACAACAACAAUCAUAUCAGCAAUAACAAUAACAACAACAACAAUAAUAAUAAUAACAAUAGUAAUAAUAAUAACAAUAAUAAUAAUAAUAAUACCAACAACUCAAGUCACAAUGAGUUGCCAAAGUCUCACAGCGUCGACGCUCUUCAUCACCGCAUCGAAGAGCGCACGAACGCCCACUCGGUCGAGGUAAUGGGUAAGCUGUCUCAUGAACUCAGCAAAAAGCUGCAGGCUAGCGACACGCGACCCAGAUCUGAAAGCAACAACAACAUCCUUAACAACAAUAACCACACCAACAUCAAUAACAAUCACAAUAAUAAUAACCACGAUAACAAUAGUAGUAAUAAUAAUAAUAAUAUCAAGAGGGACCUUAAGGAGCGCGUGUCGCCGCAGAGUGUUCAAGUUUUGAAUGACAGAAACCGACAGCUUGAACGAGAACGUCGUAAGCUUGCUGCCAACUGUGAAGCUAUUGAAGAUUCUGAAUUACUCAAUUGUGAGACUAAAAAUGGAAUAGAAGAUUUUUACCGUGAAAGAAGCGCAACAAUUGAAAUGACAUCAAGAAACGUCGAAUUACUAAACCGUAGAAACAUUUUACCGGAAAAGCGGCACUCGACAACGGGAACUACCACCGAUUUAGACCACGAGAACUCUCUAUCUUCAACAUCAGCAUCAACCUCGACAUCAUCUUCACCAUUUGCGGACAAAUCUCCACCCACUACAUCCCCGAGGUUCGCAAAAAUGCACAAAAACGAGGAAGUGCAAUUGCGAUCUCGCGGCGCAGUUCCCAGAAGAUCCGGCAGCUGUUCAAGUUCCAGUUCGUCAAGAUCCUCCUUGGAACAAGGCCUGACUCACUCAAGGUCAUCUCCCGCUAAAAUUUAUUCAAACAAUCUCCAAAAUCGCGAGCAUCGGAAAUCGCUUCCCGAGCUGGAAAACGUAAAGGAAAGCUACCCGGCUCCACGAAGUAAAGUGUCGAGUCCCGCGCAAACAGAGAGUUCCUGGAUGAAGUUGGGCGCCAGUCAAACAGACACUCUAUUCACCAGCCGCUUACGCCGCUCGCCGUCUUCUGGCUCCAGGUCUUCCUCGUUAUCAAGCGCGUCCAAGAUAUCUGGCUCUUCCUCUUCCUUGUCGCCGAGGUACUCUCCGAUCGAAGGAAAAAGCUCCUCGCCCUGCGUCUCUCCCCAACCUGGAAUCGAGGGUCUCACUCUGAUGCAGAGGACAGAAGUCAUUCUCCGCGUCAAUACCACGACGAUGGACGUCGCCUCUCAAACGGAAGCUUUGGAUGAAGAGGAACCCGCGAAAGAGGUCACAGAAAAUACGCUUAUUGCUGAACCAAGAAGAAAACUGCCUGAAGAAAUAGAGUGCGAAAAACUGAGCCGCGAUUUAGCCAGUCAGUUGGGGCCAAAUGACAAACUUGUUACAAUUCUAGUGCCAGUACCGGAGCUGAAGAAGCCGACGGAUUACAUGUCGGGUCUCUUCAGGGUUGAGACAACGCUGCAGCCGCGUCCAAGACGCUUGGUGUCAAUCGAGCCAUCUUUAAUUUCCACUGCCACGGAGAACGGAUCUGAAGAUAGAAAAAACGAGAUGCCAUCGACACCAAACAACGGUACUAAUAAUACAACUUCUACUAAUAAUAACAAUAAUACCGAGCCGAGUAGUCCGGUAUCACCGACUUCAACAUAUCUGAUGACUUCUGAAGGCAAAGCCAGGUUUUUAACUCAAUAUUCUCAAGAUAUUGGAGAUGUCAAGGUUACUAACGGUGAUGAUACGCCUCCUAAUUCUGAUAGUGAUGAUUUGAAGCAAAAGAAGGAGGAACUAGUGAUGAGGCUGGACAGAAAAGUGGUGGUGCUGAAAGCCGAACAAGAAGCUGUGAGAGAAGAAGGGGAAAUGAAUGAAACUCUAGGGGCUAAAAUUGCGUCGCGGGUUGCAGCAGUCGCUCAAUCUGCAGAGGCUUCUAAAUACAAGCUGCAUGUCGAAGAAGUCGGAAUGAUUACUAAUCUUCUUGUCGUAUUAAGUGGAAGACUCGCGAGGGCGGAAAAUGCUCUUCAUGGAAUGCCGGCUAAUCAUUCUGAGAGAAAAAUUUUGGAAGCCAAAAGAGAUCAACUACUGGAACAAUUACACGAUGCAAAAGUCCUUAAAAUCAACAUCGACAAACGCAGCGUGAAUGUAUCAACAAUUUUAUCCAAAUAUUUAAACAACGAGGAAUUCGCGGACUAUCAGCAUUUCAUCACCAUGAAAACCAAACUGAUAAUGGACGGCCGAGAAAUUCAAGACAAAGUUAAGCUCGGUGAGGAGCAACUCGCUGCUUUGAAAGAAGCUAUUGGCUAGUGAUAACUUUCGUCUUUAAAAUUUAGAAAAAAAAAAAAAAAAAAAACGCUGUGACCGUGUUGACAU